UUCACAUUUCAAUUCACAAAACACGCUUCUCAGAUCGUAUCCACUUGAUCCGCCGCACGCGCAGCAAGCGCGUCCGAUAGUUUUGUAAACAAUAUAAAUAAUAGUCGUCAUCUUGCCAGCGCUAAGUUAGUACGUCGCGGACUGCGCUAGUGGUCGGAUACCAUGAGACGCGCCAUACUCCUCUGCGCCGCCAUUGCCACCGCCGCCGUCGGCGGUGACAACACACAAACAAACAAUGACACCACCAACAAUGUUUUCAAACGCGAAAUCCUGGAAUUCUACCCCGACUGGGUCCCGUUCAAAAACAAACACGGUGAUGAACUCGGUGAAUUCGUUGACGUUACUAAACCUAAAGCCAAAGUGAAAAAACGACUCGCAUUACCAAUGAAUUUCUUAAUAAAAGCCGUCGCCGAUGACGAUUCAGAAGAUUAUCCCGGACAAGGAGAAUCUGAUAGUGAUGAGUAUUAUGAGAAGAAGGACUGGUCGGACUUGGAUAAGCCAGGACGUAAUGAAAGCGAAACAGUUCCCGAACAACAAGAACAACGACAUCGAGAAAAACAACACCAAGAACAACAACAAGAACAACAACAACAAGAACAACGACAACGAGAAAAACAACAUCAAGAACAACAACAACAUAGCACUCAUUCUGAUAUUGAAGGAUUAAUUAAUUUUAUCACCAAAUCAUCUCCCAGUUUAGCAGAUGAUAUUAAAAAGUCCACAGUUAAUCUCGAAGAUGUUAAUCAAGAUGAAGAAGAAGAUGAAAUACCGGAAAAAACAGAACGCAUUCAAGGUUUCGUGGAAGAUAGCACCACGAUAACGCCUGAACCACAAUUAAGCAUUGCACUAACGCCUAGGCCUAAUUUACAAGAGUUUAUCGACGACGAAGAUGAUUCGGAAGUUGAAAAUAAAAAUCAACAACAAUCGGAAGAGGAGCCCCAAAAACUAUCAACAGAAGAACAAAAAGAAAAUGAAGAAAAGAAGAGAAUUAUUCUAGACAGUGUUGAUCAGUUGAAACUCAGACAUGAACUAGAACAAAGAGCUAUUUCAGGUAAAAAUAAUUAUGAUGAAUAUGACGACGAAUUACGUCAUAGAACUAUACAGAAAAAUAAAUAUCGGAAUAAUAAACGAUCUCGUGUUAAAUCUACUCCUCCUCCAAACUAUGACGAGUACGAGGAUAUGUCUUGGAAGGAUAAAUACAAUAUAAAUGUCGAAAAAAAAUCGUCUUCAGGAGAAGAUGCUAGUUUCGAACAAUUUACGGAAAAAACAGCACAAACGACGACGACAACGACGACGACGGCGAAGUAUAAACCAAGAGGUCGGGAGCGAGCAAAAUAUUCGUUGUUCAGAAAUCCCGACCUUUACACAGUUGAUGAUCCAGAAGAUGAGACAAUUCCAUCCAUAAAAAAUCAAAACACACCACGGCGUUUCUCUUCUAAAUAUAAUAGCGCCGAAAACUUUAUAGCCCCAGCGACUACAACAGAAAAAGUGCAGCCGAUACUUUAUUUCCCUAAACGAAAAUUAAGGAAACCAAAAACCAAAACUACAACUGAAGCUAUAGAUUCGUUCGUAGCAGAAACAGUAGAAGACAAGCUAACAAAUAAACAAACCACAGCAAACCCCAUAACAUACCCGGACAUUACUUCUCUUGCUAAUGAUGAUUAUAAGACCACAGCUGUUGGCUAUGAUUACCCUACGACUACAAUGAGCCUGUGGAAAGAUGACACGUCUGCUGAAAGUAAAGAGAACAGCGUAAAGAGCUUGAACGUCCAGGAUAGCACUCCGCAGUAUGAAGACCCGACUGCAGCAGACGCGCCAACUGGACCUUCAGGAGAAGCACAGGCGAGCGAUAGUGAAACCGUGACUGAUGCGAUAUCGGCAUCCAGCGACCAUAAGAAAGAAGGACCAAAGGAUUACCAUGUUGAAAAAGGAGGCGGGUCGGAGCAUCAAUCAUCCCAUGAAGAAGAACACGAGGAACAUGGCAAAAAGGCUUACGAGGGCCUUCACAAGGAUUCAAAGACCAAAAAGGGGCACCAUGACAAAGAGGACCAUCUUGGCAAGUAUGAAGACCACGGGGGCCACGACAAGAAGCACCACGACGAGUCUGGCCACUUCGGCGAGCAUGUUCACGAGGAACAUGGCAAGAAGCAUGCUAAGUACGAGGAGUCAGGCAAGCACUCCAAAGGGCACAGCACGAAGGGAAGCCACGACGUCCACAAAAAGGAAGAGUACGAGAAGAAAGUGGAGUUCUUCGAGGAGGAGGGAGACUCAGGGGAAGAGGUGAAACAUGGCGGAUACCACGGCGAAAAGAAACAUGAGGAGGCCGGCAAUUUCAAGAAAGAAAAACUUCACAACAACCACCACCAGAACAAGAAGGGCGAAUCCGGACACUUCAUCAAGGGUGGCCACCACAUCGCCCACAAGGGCCAUAAAGUCGCUGAUGGGCAUGAUGGUCACGGCAAGCACGGCGCGGUGCACCACCGCGGUGGCGGUCACCAGAGCGGCAAGAAAUGGGUCUACCACCACGGGUACCCCGCCAAGAACGCAAACCUCAUCGUUAUAGACCGCCGAGCUGAUAGGUACACGCAUGGACCUAACUACUAUGGAUAA